AUGGAUGAAUCAACAAUUAAAGUUGGUGGUACAGAUGAAUCAACCCAUCAGAAAAAGUCAACUACAACUGAUGAGAAUUGUUUAGGUUGUCGUGUAGUCGGCUCAGUUAUCCCUUUAACCCUAUCUGCCUAUAUAAUCUAUGCGUGUAAAGAUCAAGUCUCUAAAUAUGCUGGUAUACGAAAAGUGUCAUAUUUGACAUUGUGUACUAGUAUGUCAUUCGGUUUACUAUAUCUUGGAGCACAUCAAUUGUUCUCUCGAUGA